AAAAAAAACAGGUAGAGAAUAUUUGAUUUUUCCAAAAAGACUUUAAUUCUAAAAGUCAUUUUUAAGAAGUAUCUUUGAAAAAGUUCUCAAACAUGUCCUUAGCAACUAUUCUUAACUAAUUCAGAAUAUGCACUUCUUUUCCUUUUUGUCCUUCGAAUUAACACUAAAAUUUGGGGGAGUCAGCAACGAAACAAUAUCUUUAGUUGGACUAUGAACAUAACGCGGGUCUAAAAAGCAGAGCUGUAGCAUGUUAUUCAAAUUCCUACCAUGCCAUAGGCCUUUUAAACUUCUGCUUGCUUGUCUUUUCUUAACUUACUGGCCCCUUCAAACCUUUGGAGGCCUACUGUAAUUGGGUGAUGGUAAUUUCACUGGGUUUACACCCACUUUCCAACACAAGGCUAAUUCAGUUCAUCCCCUGAGGCCCUAUUCCUCUCCCCACGCAUUUUAGACGAUAAUGCACAGGUUCAGACGCUCAUUUUGGUAGUCAAAUUAUUUUGUGUCAUGGAAGCAUAAGUAAAAUACAAUAGCUACCUCCGUUUAGUUUAUUGUGGGCUAUCUGUUGGAGAAUGUGGGCUACAUGUUGAGAACUUCUGACAUUUUCUUUUCCACUCACAUGCCCCAGUGGAUCGUAUCAAACACCCUCCGAGUGGCAUGAUAUUAUGCUUGUGAAACCCACAUGCUUCACCGAGUCCAUGGGUUUGCUCCCCCACUCUUUACUCCAGCGCGUGGCUUUGUCAAAUAUAUCCGUAGUCGAAACUUCAAAGAAGCUUUUCUAUAUACACACAUAUGCAUGUAAAACCAGUCUAUUAAAUAUCUCCAGAGUCAAUGCUAUGGCGCUCUCUCCUUCGUCUGAGAUCAGAAUGCAACUGGGUUUAUGCCUCCUCCCAAUUCUCUUCAUUGCUCUGGCAUCUACAGCCGCAGAUCUGCAGAAUCCAGAUUUUGAAUCGCCCCCAUCAAACUUGCCAGAAAAUUCCACUGCCCCAUUUGAACUGUUGACAGCAAACAACACGAUUCCAGGAUGGACAUUUGAUGGCACGGUCCAAUAUGUAACCGCUGGUCCAACCAUAGCAUUGCCAGGCAAUGGACAUGCCAUACAGUUGGGCCAAGACGGAAAAAUCAACCAAACUUUCAUUGCUAAUACCAACACUAUGAACUACAUACUGACUUUCACCCUUGCCCUGGGUGAUCAGAACUGUUCAGCCAUUGCUGACAUCCUAGUCUCAGCACCAGACAGUAGAGGCGUCUUCUCUUUGAAGCAGCAUUAUGGGAAGGAAACAUGGGAAAGCUAUGGCCACUACUUGGGCGGUUGGAGGGAUGGGGAGCACAUCAACCUUGUGAUUCAAAGCCAAACUACAGAACCCAAUCCUAAUUCCACAUGUUGGCCGAUAGUGGACACAUUGCUUCUCAAAGGUGUAGCGACUCUUGAUAAAGGCAAUGGUAACCUGCUGCCUAAUGGAGGAUUUGAGUCAGGGCCUGAUUUUCUCAGCAACUCAACCGAGGGGAUUUUACUUGAUCCGGUGUCAAGUCCAAUUCAAUCUGCAAUACAACAGUGGUCUGUUCUAGGGACUGUCAAAUACAUAGACUCCAAAAACUACUUUGUCCCUGAAGGCAAUGCUGCAAUUGAGUUCAUCUCAGGGAUUUCAACUGGCAUACAGACUGCAAGCACACUCACAGAGGGUUCUGCUUAUAACUUGGACUUCACACUUGGAGAUGCUAAUGACUCGUGUGUGGGAACUUUCAUAUUAGGAGCUCAAGCUGGAUCAACAGUUCAGAAUUUCACUCUCCAGAGCAAAGGGACUGGAUCAGCAAAGAACUUCUCUAUGACAUUCAAGGCAGAUUCAAGUGUAACUCCAAUUAGUUUUCUCAGCUAUUCCAGUAGCCAGACAAAAGAUGGUGUUUUUUGUGGUCCUGUGGUUGACAAUGUGAUUUUGCAAGCUUCGUAUGGAUUGAAGCCAGAAAUACCAAGUAAGGUUACAUUCUGUUGGCUAGUUUUCUUGGUAGCCAUUCUACAGCUCACUAUGUGAUGAUAUUGGGCAAAUAUUUUGUACUUAGAAGCCUAAAAGUUGUUUGAGAAGUUAGUUGAAAAUAUUUCGCUCAUGGGCUUUCAUUAUUAACACCAUGAUCAGGUUAGUGUGUUACUUC